AUGGAAGGCCCUCAUAAGCAGGAGUUCCACGUCCGGGAUCUUCCCACUCGCUCAGUCACACUCUUUCCCAACCGCGCCCAAGUGGUUCGGGAGAUCAAGAAUAUCACUCUCAAACCCGGGGCAAAUGAGGUCACAGUGGUUGGCUUGACCCCGACUGUUGACGAGCACUCCAUCAAGGUCGAGGGCACGGGCUCUGCCACCAUCACCGACAUGACCGUCGAGCUGUUGCCGAACCGGGACAUCUUUGAGGAUAUUUAUCCCGACUCGGACACAGACUCGGAAUCCAAUGAAUCGUCCGACAGCGAUGACGACGAUGACAAGCCCAACAGCGCCCUGGAAGAGGUGCGCGACAAGCUGGUUGCUCUACAUGACGAGCUGACUCGGGCCGAAGAGAUCAUGAGCAGCGCCGAUCAAAGACUGCGGGCCCUUGAUGCGUAUAUUUCUUCCUUCAAUCAGCCCCGCAAGGAAGCUGUCAUGAUCGAUACAGAACUGGCCAUCUACAGAAAAGAGCGUGAAAAGCUUUUCGAGGAGCGCCAGCAGGGCUUGGUCCGGAGCCGUCAGAUCACGAAGGAUAUUGACAAGCUUCGUCGAGAAGAGGAACGCCUUGAGAGGAUUGAGGCCAAGGAGCGGGCAAAGGCGGAGAAGGAGAGGGCAAAGAUCCAGAGGGCCAAAGAGAAAGAGCGAGAAAAGCAGCAGCGACGCAAGGAGGAGAAGGCCAAGGAAAAGGCCCGUAUCCGCAAGGAGCGCGAGAAUUUCUGGCCCCGGUGCUGCUAUACUGUUCGCAUCACCCUCGAUGCUACCAUCUAUUCACCAGUCUCGUCGCGCCGGAACUCUAUUGCCAGCGGUACUGAGGUGGUCAAAGCCGUUCCGGAGAAGGAGAUCAUCGAUGACGCUUCAGCCGUUACUUUCUGCGACUUGGCUCUCUCAUACGUGACCUCCUCGGCCUUCUGGUCUCCGAGCUACGACCUGUCUCUAUCUACGACCAACAACACAGCAGUGCUUUGCUUCGAUGCCCAUUUGACCAACAUGACUUCGGAGACCUGGACCAACACUCGAGUGACUCUUAGCACAUCCCAGGCCAAGUUCUCGGGCCUCCAGGACGAAAUUCCCACCCUUACUCCUUGGAAACUCAGGAUCGUUGGCAAGGGUGGACCGUGGGAUGGCAAUGAUAUCGCCUACAGCCGUGAGGAACAGCACGAGAAGGAACUCUGGAACGCAGCCCAACAAAUGGCGAGCCAGCCCAAAGCCCGCGCGAACCUAUUCGGCAUUAGCAAGCCCCCCGUGUCUGUGGCCGCCAGUCAGGCCGCUGCAUCUAACCUCGCUGCUGGCCCUGCACCUCCGCCUCAGGAUUACCCUAUUGCCAGCAGACCGCCGCUCCAGAGCCGGGCGCCAGAAAUACAACAAAUCUUUGGUGCUCCGCAGGCUCAGAACAAGAAGGCGGAGCGCUUCGUCAAACUGUCCGCCAAGUCUCCAGCUCCCCCGGGCACAAUGCUGAGCAGCUCUUCGCGGGCCAGGUGCGGAGACGAUUACACCCGUGAUCUGGCCAUUUAUGGCACUGCCGAGGCCGUAUUUGGUACUGAAGCAGAGGCAGACACAAUACUCGAGCCUGCUCCCGAAGUCACUUUCCAGGAAUCUUCCUUCGAGGAGACAGGGCUAACGGCAACCUACGACCUACCCAACCUCAAGACGCUCAAACCGAGCUCGACAGCCUCCAAACAGCGCAUCGCCCGCCUCUCCUUCACCAACGUCACGUUUACUCGCACCGUUGUGGCCAAGUAUAAGCCAGCCGCCUAUCUCAAGGCCCGCUUGCGCAACACCAGCAAGCUCACCCUCAUCAAGGGUCCUACUGGUCUCACCCUGGACGGUACGUUCCUGGGCCGUUCGACACUGCCUCGCUGCAGCGCCGGUGAUACCUUCAGUAUGAUGCUAGGCAUCGACCCUGCUAUCAAGGUGGCCUAUCCCAAGCCCGACGUCACGCGCUCGACCUCGGGCGUCUUUGUCCGCGGCGAGAACACCAUGUACCAGCGCACCAUCACGCUCAUCAACACACGCGCCACGUCCGGCAAGCCGGUCAAUCUCACCGUGCUAGACCAGGUGCCCGUGUCGGAGGACGAGAAGAUUCGAGUGGAGAUCUUGCACCCGAAGGGGAUGCAGAUUGGGGGUAGGGGCGUGGCUACUGGCGUGGCUGGUCGUGAGGGCAAGGAGGAGCAGGAAUGGGGUAAGGCGUACGCGGUCUUGAAGAAGGCGGGCGAAGUAUCGUGGGAUGUUACGCUUAACGCUGGCAAGAGCGUUAAGCUUCUGCUACAGUAUGAGGUCUCUUUCCCAUCAGGGGAGAGGGUUGCGCAGUGCUGGUAA